UAACUAUCUGUCACAAAUCAAAGUUAAUUUUCAUUGAUAACAGUGAAAGUGAGGUUAUGUUCAAAUUUGUCCGUAUGGCAACAUUUUCGGAAAACGUGCUUAGUAUUCCCGCAAAACUCGUCGAAAAUAUAUGGAACGGAUUUAAUACGAUGGCAAAUGAUAGUUUAAGCCCUCGAGUUUUAAAAAGAAUCGGUACCCACGAUGGUAUUUUCCAUUGCGACGAAGCUCUGGCUUGUUUUAUGUUAAAACAACUACCUGAGUAUGAAGAUGCUGAAAUUAUACGAACUAGAGAUCCAAAUGUUUUGGGUACUUGUGAUAUUGUAGUGGAUGUUGGUCAUAUCUAUGACCCUAAAUUAAAAAGGUUUGAUCAUCACCAAAGAGAUUUUGAACACACAUUAUCCACAAUACAUCCAGAAAUGAUUAAAAAUAAAACCAUAACAUUGAGUUCAGCCGGAUUAAUUUAUGCACAUUAUGGUAUGGAAAUUUUAUCCGAAAUUUUUAAAAAUAUCGAUUUUGUUGCAACAACGGAAUGUUUAAAAUGUCUUUAUUUGGGUGUCUACGAUGGGUUUAUUGAGGAAAUAGACGCAAUAGAUAAUGGAGUUCCUUUGGUUGAUGGCAUUACACCUUAUAAAAUAAGUACUCAUUUAAGUGCGCGAGUUAGUAAAUUAAAUCCCGCAUGGAAUUCAACAUCACAAGAAAAGUCGGAUGAACUAUUUGUAAAAGCAAUGGCCUUAACGGGUAGAGAAUUUAUUGAAAAAGUGGUUGAGUUAGCUACAAUUUGGUGGCCAGGACGGGAAAUUGUUAAAACAGCAAUUUUAAACCGAUUUAAUUAUCAUACUAGUGGAGAAGUUAUAAAAUUAGAAAGAAGGUGCCCUUGGCAAAUGCACUUGUUGGCUUUGGAAAAAGAAAUGGGAAUCGAUGGCGAAAUUAAGUUUGUUAUUUUCGAGGAUGCAUCUGGAUCGUGGCGAAUUCAAGCAAUUCCCAUUGCACCAGAUAGCUUUAUUUGCAGGUUAUUUUUACAUUUAGAUUGGAGAGGAUUACGAGAAGAACAACUUUCGAAAGUAGCGAAUAUUGAUGGGUGUAUUUUUGUUCAUUCCAGUGGAUUUAUAGGUGGGAAUAAUACGGAAGAUGGUGCGUUAAAAAUGGGUAUUGCUACAAUAAAAGCCGGAUUCUAUCCUAUUUAGCAACAAAGACAAUUCGAAACAGAUCUGAAAUAAAUAACAAAUUAAUUUAAGUACCAAAUAGACAAUAUUGUAGCUUUUUUAGGAUUGUUUAGUUUUUAAUCGAAAGAAAAUGAAACGUCUUUACAUCUAAGACUUUUAUUGAAAUUUAGACAAAAUUUUUAUUAUUUUUUUUUUUUUUUGGGUUGACCUAAAAUUUUUUAAAUUAGCCGAA